UGCAGCGUCACGUCUUGCGUCGCCUCAUGAAUUAUGAACCACAUUUUCCUAAACAUUGAGGAAGUGGUCCGACAGACUGAUGCGAGUCCACAGCUGCAGGAGGCUGCAUGUGUUAGAAAAAUAAUAUCUACACUUUCGAUUCCUGCGGAGUUUUGAUAUUUUGAGGGAAUAUGACAGAAAAUGCCCCCGCUGACUGAGACGAAGAGGAUUUGAAAUCGGGGUUUUUUUUUCUUGCAGUUUACGGACCGGGCUGUCCUGAAGAGGAGGGCUGUCGGUAUCUAUCAGGAGAGCCGCAGGUGUUCAACACAGAAUUAUCCUCCUGCUCUGCUCAUGGCAAAGAUGAGCUGGGCUGCAGGUACACAGUGUGUAGCCAAGGGGGACUACAAGAAACCAAAACCUGGAGAACUAGCCUACCACAAAGGAGACAUCCUCUCUAUUGUUGACAUGAGCAAGAAGAAGGGAUAUUUUAAGGCCAGACACAACACCACGGGAGAGGAGGGACUCAUAAACUCCACCAAUGUGCGUGAACGAGAGGCUCUGCGCGUGGACCCCAGCCUCAGCCUGAUGCCGUGGUUUCAUGGGAACAUCUCUGGUCCAGAGGCGGUUUGUAAGCUCCAGCCGGCCGAGGACGGGCUGUUCCUGGUUCGAGAGUCUAUCCGUCAUCCCGGUGACUAUGUCCUGUGUGUCAGUGUCUCUGGAGGAGUCAUCCACUACCGGGUGAUUUAUCAGGAAAACAAGCUGACCAUCGACAACACAGAGUAUUUCUACAACCUCAUCGACAUGAUAGAGUUCUACUCGAAGAACAAAGGCUCCAUCGCCACAACUCUUCUGAAGCCCAAACAGAAACAAGGAACCAAGUCGGCGGAGUUGGAGCUUUCAAAAACUGGAUGGCUGCUGGACAUCGCCCAGCUCAAACUGGGAGAGAUUAUUGGAGAGGGGGAGUUUGGUGCUGUUUAUGAAGGAGAGUAUCUGGGCCAGAGGGUGGCAGUAAAGACCAUUAAAUGUGAUGUCACAGCUCAGGCCUUCCUGCAGGAGACCACAGUCAUGACGAAGCUCCAGCAUAAAAACCUGGUGCGAUUGUUGGGCGUCAUUCUUCACAAAGGGCUUCAUAUUGUCACAGAGCUCAUGACUAAGGGAAACCUUGUCAACUUUCUCAGGACGAGAGGACGUUCAGUUAUAAGCUCAGUUCAGCUGCUCCGCUUUGCUCUUGAUGUGUGUGAGGGGAUGGAGUACCUGGAGUCUAAGAAGCUGGUCCACAGAGAUUUGGCAGCUCGCAACGUGCUGGUCUCUGACGACAACGAGGCCAAGGUCAGCGACUUCGGCCUGACCAAGGUGGACUCCAAGGUGUCGGAUAACGCCAAACUGCCGGUCAAAUGGACCGCCCCCGAAGCUCUGAAGAAAGAGAAAUUCUCCACAAAGUCAGAUGUUUGGAGUUACGGUGUUCUUCUGUGGGAGAUCUUUUCAUACGGACGUCAGCCGUACCCCAAGAUGUCUCUAAAGGAGGUGAAGGAGAAAGUGGAGGCGGGCUAUCGCAUGGAGGCUCCAGAGGACUGUCCCCCCAGUGUUUACUCCCUGAUGAGGAUUUGCUGGGAGCAGGAACCACGCAGGAGACCUACUUUCCACAAACUGAGAGAGAAACUUGAGCGUGGUUUAGUACAGUCCGGAUCAGAGCAUCAGGAUGGGACCAGGUCUGGAUCUGGAUGCUGAUCUUGAUUAUGAAUCUUGGAACUCAAAAUGGUGUGAAUAUUAAUGAAUAAUGCAUUUUAAAAUACAUGUUUAAGUUAUUUUGGACUAUGACAAGGAAUUACUGAAUGUGAUUUCAGUUGGACUUUAAAUUUUUCUAAAGAUUUCUAACUAUAAUACAAACAUUUAAAAUCAACCCACAGGAUAAUACACAACCAAAGCCUUGUUGGUGGACACUGUUUGUUAUAGAAAUGACAAAAAAACACAAUGGAUCCCUACAACCAAGCAGUGUUAAAGCCAGUGGUAAGUGGCCUUAUAGUGCCAAAAUGUGUUGGAAAGAAACCUAAGAGCUGUACAUGUGUGAGUUUGUAUUUCCAGUUGCCUCGGCUCAAAGUCAGUUUUUUUUUUUAUGGGUUUGAGGUUAAAUGCUCGAAAUAAGGUCUGUGGUUAAAACAAGAUUAAGGUUGUUGUUUUUUUCAUGUUUUCCUUCUAUGACAUAAAGAACAUUGGUAAAUACCCUUCUUGUGAAUGUUGAAGCU